CCUCCCCCGGCCCCACUCUGCAGGUCAGCCAUCACCAUCUUCCCUCAGCGGGUGCCGGGCCGGGGUGACUUCCGCAUCUGGAACUCGCAGCUGAUCCGCUACGCUGGGUACCGCCAGCCCGACGGCUCUGUGCUGGGUGACCCGGCCAAUGUGGACAUCACCGAGCUCUGCGUGCACUACGGCUGGAGCCCGGGAAACGGCCGCUUCGACGUCCUGCCCCUGCUGCUGCAGGGCCCCGACGAGGCCCCUGAGCUCUUCCCCCUGCCGCCGGAGCUGGUCCUCGAGGUGCCCCUCACGCAUCCCACGCUGGAGUGGUUUGGGGAGCUGGGGCUGCGCUGGUACGCGCUGCCCGCCGUCUCCAACAUGCUGCUGGAGAUCGGGGGGCUGGAGUUCCCGGCGGCCCCCUUCAACGGCUGGUACAUGAGCAGCGAGAUCGGCACCAGGAACCUGUGCGACAGCCACCGCUACAACCUGCUGCAGGAGGUGGCCCUGCGCAUGGGGCUGGACACGCGCAAGACCUCGUCCCUCUGGAAGGACAAAGCCGCCGUGGAGGUGAACAUCGCCGUGCUGCACAGCUACCAGGUUGCCAAAGUGACGAUCGUGGACCACCACGCGGCCACCGAGUCCUUCGUGAAGCACAUGGAGAACGAGCUGCGGACGCGGGGCGGGUGCCCGGCCGACUGGGUCUGGAUCGUGCCCCCCAUCUCGGGCAGCCUCACCCCCGUCUUCCACCAGGAGAUGGUCAACUACCAGCUCUGCCCCACCUUCCGCUACCAGCCCGACGCCUGGAAGGUCUACGUCUCCAAAGGCACCACCGUCACCAGGAGGAAGACCUUCAAGGAGGUGGCCAACGCGGUGAAGAUCUCGGCCAAGCUGAUGGGGCACGUGAUGGCGCGGCGCGUGAAGGCCACCAUCCUGUACGCCACCGAGACCGGCAAGUCGCGCACCUACGCCUGGAGCCUCUGCCAGCUCUUCCGCCGUGCCUUCGACCCCAAGGUGCUGUGCAUGGACGAGUACGACAUCGUGUCCCUGGAGCACGAGACCCUGGUGCUGGUGGUGACCAGCACCUUCGGCAACGGGGACCCGCCGGAGUGCGGGGAGAGCUUCUCCAAGGCGUUGAUGGAGAUGUCCUCACCCUACACCAGCGCCUCGCAGGCUGAGCCGCCCAAGAGCUACAAGCUGCGGUUCAACAGCGUCUCGCAGUCGGACCAGCUCGUGGCCUCCUGGAAGAGGAAGCGGCGGCAGUUGAGCAACACGGACAGUGCGGGCACGCUGGGGGCCCUGCGGUACGGGAACGGGACGGG